UCAGUUGAGUUCUAAGCCGUAGCCGCAGCGGAUUAAGUCGCAAGAGACGCCACUAGUCCGUCGUCAUCAGCAGCAAGCGAGAAGGCUUAGUCGAUCGCCGACCAUCGUCAGCGCUUCACUUCUGGUCACGUCAGAGCGAGGAAUAAUGGAGCACGAGCAGGUGUUGCCGCAGGUGUCGUCCGAGGCCUGCACCUGCAGCGACAACUCGAGCUCGAUCACCUCCGUCAACGCGGCGUCGCCGAGCUCCAGCGACGACUCCGGCAGCGCCGGCGGCAACAAGGGCACGAAGCGGCCGCGCAGGGACCUCAAGCACCCGACGUACCGCGGCGUGCGCAUGCGGACGUGGGGCAAGUGGGUGUCGGAGAUCCGGGAGCCCCGCAAGAAGUCGCGCAUCUGGCUCGGCACCUUCGAAAACCCGGAGAUGGCGGCGCGCGCGCACGACGCCGCCGCGGUCGCCAUCAAGGGCCGCGCCGCGCACCUCAACUUCCCGGAGCUCGCGCACGAGCUGCCCCGCGCCGCGUCGGCGGCACCCAAGGACGUGCAGGCCGCCGCCGCGCUCGCCGCGGCCACGCUGGUGGCUGCUGCUUCGCCCGUCGUCCCGUCCUACAACAACGCCGACGCAGCGGAUGCCGACACGGCGGCUGACCAGGCGGUCGAGCAAUACGAUUACGAGCAAGCGGCGGCGCCGGACUUCGGCAUUGAGAAUGCAGCUCCGUCGUGCGGCGGCAUGGGACUGGACCUCGCGUUCCUCGACGUGCCGGAUGCUCCUCUGGACUUCGGGUACAUGCUGUCGCCGCUGCCGCUGCCUCCGUCUUACUGUGGCUCGCCGUGGGAUGACAUCGCCGACGAGCUCUGCUUCGAGGAGCCCUUGCUGCUCUGGGAGCAUUGA